CGGAGUCGGAGAAGAUCACGACCAACGGCUUCAUCUAUGCAGCUAAUCCUGCACGAAAAAUAGCGCUAUCUCUACUAUACGUACAGAUUAAUAUCGUUUAUUAAUUAUUGAGCGCCAGUGGCAAUUUUUGAGAAACUGAAAUAAACAGAAGAGAAUAAUCAUCGAUCAAAAGCCGCCAAGAUGUCUGGAAAAGACAGGAUCGACAUAUUCCCGUCCAGAAUGGCUCAGACCAUCAUGAAAGCUCGACUGAAAGGGGCACAAACUGGCCGCAACCUGCUCAAGAAGAAGGCCGACGCCCUCUCCAUGCGUUUCCGCCAGAUCCUUCGCAAAAUUAUCGAGACUAAGACUAAGAUGGGAGAGGUGAUGAGAGAGGCUGCCUUCUCUUUGGCUGAGGCCAAAUUUGCAGCUGGUGACUUCAGCACAACCGUGAUCCAGAAUGUGAAUAAAGCCCAGGUGAAGGUCAGAGCCAAGAAGGACAACGUGGCAGGUGUUACCCUGCCCGUUUUUGAACACUAUCAGGAAGGCGGAGACAGUUAUGAGCUGACUGGCCUGGCCCGAGGAGGAGAGCAGCUCUCCCGGUUGAAGAGGAACUAUGCCCGAGCUGUGGAGCUGCUCGUGGAGUUGGCCUCCCUACAGACAUCCUUUGUCACUCUGGAUGAAGCCAUAAAAAUCACCAACCGCCGUGUGAAUGCUAUUGAACAUGUGAUUAUUCCCAGGAUUGAUCGCACACUCACCUACAUCAUCACCGAGCUGGACGAGAGAGAGCGAGAGGAGUUUUACAGGUUGAAGAAGAUCCAAGAGAAGAAGAAGCAGAUCAGGGAAAGGACAGACAAGGAGAUUGCAGAACGUCUGGCUAAGCUGGGUCCCAUAGCAGAGCCCACUAACAUGCUGACAGAGGAGACGGAUGAAGACCUGCUGUUUGAGUGACAAGCUUCUUCAGGCCCAAAGUAACCGACUUCACCAGACAUCCUAUUUAUUCUGUGCCUCUCUGGCCAUAUUCUCGUCUUCAAAUGCAAGUGACGAAAGGUGUUUCUGUGUUAUUUGUCUGUGAUAAAUGUUGUGUUGUCUCAGUGCUGACGGGGAGCAGUGUGUUUUCAGAAUCACCACUGUACAGAAGUGUUGCCACUUCGCUGUUAUAACGAAUCAAUAUGAUAGGCUGUGAAAUUAAAAAAGCAUUCCCUGUGGGUGAUCAGCUUGUAAAUACUUGUUUUCCCACCACAAGCAGAGCCCUUGCAUGCUGUAAAGCUUGAAGUGGUUGUAGAGUUCAGAGAGUGUGUGAGUUCCUGAUGUGGAGGCCUCGUAUCACAGGGUUGCCGCUACCUCAUUGGAGGAUGUUGCACCAGAUCCCCCAGUGUGACCUCACCCACUGUAAAACUGGUGUGCCGGUCAGCGAAGCCCAACACUUCAUCCAAAUAAAUACGUCCUCAAGCUUCA